AUGGUCAAGCGCAGAGCGUCGGAUGCGCUCGAAGAAGACGAGCGAAGUAUCAAAAGAGUCCAACAAAACAAGCCGGACCGGCUGUCGAGGCUCAGCCACGAAUUGACGCUCAGAGUGCUUUCGUUUCUGCCCGUGCCCGACCUCAUCACCUGCCAGAGCGUGUCGCAGCAUUUCCACCGCCUCGCUGGCGACUCACAACUAUGGAAGGCCCUCUACUACAAUCGAUUCGUCCGCCCGAGGGCAUCGCGCAUACCUGGAAUUAAUGAGUCUGGAGUUCCCGCUGAAAGCUUGUGGUACUCGAGCAAGCUCUCGAAAUGGCUGGACGAGGAUAACCUAGUCAGAAGAGGCAAAGAGACAAAUUGGAAGAGACAAUACAAGACGCGGCAUAAUUGGACCAAGGGCACAUGCGGCGUCAGUGAAGUUCCUGUCUCGCCCGAGCCAUCAGUCCCUCCAACACUACUCCAGAUGCAUGAUGGCAUUAUCGUCAUGGCCGACAAUCUCCAUGGUUUGCGCGCAUGGUCGUCUCAGACAGGCCGGGAUAUGCUAGCUACCGUGACAUUUUCUGCCAAGGCCAACCCUCCUUCAGCUCUGACGAUCGAUUCUGCACUUUCAUCCUCUUCCACCAUAUCCAUUGCUGUGGGCUUUCAAGACGGCUCAUUCACCAUCUACGACCUUCAUGUCUUCCAGCGUCGCUUUGUAGCUCGUUACUCUCACGAACCUUCUUCCAACGGCUUGAUCUCGGCCGCUGCUCUGUCUUUUCCCUAUCUCGCAACCAUGACCGCGAGCCAAUUCCUUUCAUUCUAUAAGUUCAUGCCGACUAAAGAUGAAGCAUCCAAGGACACAACUCUGGAGCCUCCGCGUUUAUUGCAGUCUUUACACUCACGUACUGUCUGGCCACCUCUCACCCUAUCCAUCCGACCACAGCCAGACACUGUCCUCGUGUCAAUCGCCUACUCCUUACCCACAUAUCUCAGCGGCUGGACCGUUGGCAUCCAGGAGAUGCGAUUGACCUUGGAUGGUACUCUCAUAGAAUCACGCCUCACCUCGGCAAUCGACCAAAACUACCGUCCCCUCACCUUCAACUCUUCCAACCCACUACCGACACCAACUCCACAAGUAAUACCCCCUUUCGGACACUUUGACACCUCUGAGGCCAACCAAAUCCAUACAAAACCAACUUCGCUCUCCUACUCUCACCCUUAUCUCCUGGUAUCUCACCCGGACAACACACUAACUCUCUACCUCGUCUCCUCAACAACCGACACCCUAAAGAUCAGCCCAGGCAACAGACUCUGGGGUCACACUUCCUCUGUAUCAGGAGCCCACGUCGGCGGCCGCGGUAAAGCAGUCUCGGUCAGCACCCGCGGCGACGAACUCCGCGUCUGGGAACUCGAAGGCGGGUUCGCUUCUGCAUCUGCCCGUCGCCGAUUAGCAGCCGGCGAAUUGAGUGUGCAGUUGCGACCUGAAAAGCCAUCGUUCCCGCCUUUCAAAGAGGAAACCUCGACCUCUCUCAGCAACUCAAGAGGUAUUGGCUUGGGAGCUGCACUUGAAGAUAGGGGGAUCGAUGAGACUAGUAUGACAAGAGGGUUUAUAGGUUUUGAUGAUGAAAAAGUGGUCGUGCUUAGGGAACGACAUUGUGGGAAUCAGGCUUUGGUGAUUUACGAUUUCACAUAG